AUGGCGCGCCGUUUACCAUGGUUUUUGCUAACCGCAAUACUGUGUGUGUCCGGCUUGCGCUCCGACGCCUACACAGCGCGUGAGAAAGCGUCGCAUCAAGAGGCAUUGGCUGCUCGUUUUGAGUGCUCGUCGCACUUUGACUCAUCCAUAUCUGAGACGAGCGAAAGGCAUUUAGUUGCAUUGGUAUCAGGUUACCGAGGUUCUGUGGCAUCGCUGAAAGGACUUGCUGAAGGUCUUUGCUCGGCAAGCUUUGCAAAAAAGGAGCCCACUUUGAUCGUUGUUCUGGAUGCAGUGGCCGGUGCUCAGUCUGUACAGCCCGUUCUCGUUCAGGGAGAGCGUGUGGCGGAUCAAGUGAUGAAGGUCGUUGAGGCUGAGAGACCUGAGAGACGUAUCUCUUCAUAUUCCAUCAUUGGACACUCGCUGGGCGGCAUCGUUGCAAGGGUUGCUGCCUCUCGUCUUGACAGCCUUGGCGGUGAUCGCUUGCGCCCCCGUCUGUUCGUUUCACUUUUUUCACCACACGCGGGAAUGGAGAGCUUUUUGAACUCGAAGUUGCUUCCUAGCCUGAUCCGCAUCUCGCAGACUGACCGCGGAGUUAUGGACGAGUUGUGUGAGCAGGAUCCUGCGAAAAGCAUUUUGGUCAAUAUCUCUCGUGGCCAUUAUCGCCAGGUGCUGGAGAAGUUCCAGAAAAGAGUGCUCUACAGUUCAGACUCAGACUGGCUUGUAGAUUUUGGAAGUGGAGCAAUAACAACGGCCACCCCGCCAGAGGAUGGUCUGGAAGCUGAUGAAGCUGUGCCUGCAGACCAGGAGUACGCAGACCAGGAGUACCCAUCACUAGGUUUGCACAGCUGGAACUUCAGCAGCGAUUCUGGUGCUUGCCACGCCCACAGUGUUCGAUGUGAAGUGAUGAGAGAGCUACAGCAUGUCCCGUUCGUGCGAGUCAGCGCACGUUGGGAACUUUUCAGACCCGACAAGCAUUCAUUUAAAGAUAUGGGUGUGUUAGAGAAGUCGGAGUUGCUUCGGCACUUGACUAAAGAGUUUGGCGGUACGAACGCCAAUCUCCCGCGCGGCGAAAGAUGCGUAAGCUCCGAGUUCUGUGCGGUUGGCCUUGUUUGCUCAGGAGUGUGCCAACCCAGAGUUUUCCAAGCUUCGGAUGCAUGCGACAAAGCAGCAAAAGCAGAGGCAAACGGGGAAAGGUUGGAAAUGUGCUCCUUCGCCGUGGAUCUCCUCAACGAUGCGCUGCAGGCCUGGUUCCUUGUCGUGACGAGCAGUGGUGGUGGGGGUCAUCUGGUGGCCGCGCAGAACCUGCAGAGGAAGUUGCUGGAACAGGCCGAAGGUGGCUACAUAUUGGCAGCGCAAGCCUUGCAGCAAAACAAGGCGUUGUUUACACCUGAAGCAUACAAUCUUGCCAAAGAAGCGCUGUCUGCAGUUCAGAAUGGUCCACCUGCCGUGGCAAUGCUUGACAUGAUGAAAAUCCCUUGCACUAGCUUGGAUGGCAUGGGAUACAUCCCCUUGGGUGGCUUCAUGACGGACCAGUGGAACACGCUGCAAGCUUCAGGUGACAUCGAAGGCUUGAAGCGCUUAGUAGCAGCGCAGCCCUUGACGCAAUGGGUUUUUGGCCGCCAGUGUCGGGAUUUCAUGAAGUCUGUGAUUCGCCAUAAACAGCUGGGGUACCAACGCCCUGCGAAACGAGUGGUCUCUACGCAGCCGCUGCUCAUCCAGUCUUUGCUGGAUGCAUCGGACGCCGGAGGAUUGGAUCUGUACAUGACGGAUCUGCCCACUGAGGAGGCUGUCCACUUCUUCGGUCCCCUGGUUGCUUUGAGUGGGACGAGCAGCACAAUUGAGAAGCGCCUCUUCUUGCAUGGAGUCUCCCCAAUGCAGGGUGGAGAAGCAGAGCUGGAAAGAUUGUCAGGGAUACCACGGCGGCAGAUCAUAAUUGAUAAGUUCAUGCCAAUUGACCCCAGCUUCACUUCUGGCAGUCUGCCCUCACCAGGGCAAGCUGUUGCAAUUCGACUCAAGGCGCAGAUACCUCUCGAGGAAGAUUUCCUUGCAGCAUCAUCCACAUCCGGUCCAGUCACGAACCCCAUCCUACUGGAAGAAGAUGAUGAGCUGCUUAUGGUGAUGUUGGGCUCGCAACCAACAGUAGAGGCUGUGUUGAACUAUGCCAAAGAGAGUCUGAAGCUACCAGACCUCUCCACAGGAAAACGGUAUGUCUUCCUUGCCUGUGGGCGACCGCGGUCUCCAGCCUACAAGCGGCUUUAUGAAGACAUAGUGAGCUUGAGCAGGAGCCUGAGUUCCAUUAGCUCCCGAACCAUCCUCGUGCCUUUCACAGGCCAGCGGGCUGCAGAGAUUCUUGGCAGAGCGGACAUCACCAUCACCCGCAGUGGUGGUCUCACCGCCGGGGAACUGCUGGCACUGCAUCGUGGGGACAAGCGCAAGAAGCACAUCCUUCUCCAUGUCGAAGCUGUGGACGAUGACGCCAAAACUCGCGCUCUUGCAGCUCUGCCUGACAUGCCUGACAUGAGUGAAGACCAGGCUGCAGAGCAAGCCGCAGACAAUGCGGCACUGGUUGGUAUGGUGCCUUGGGAGGCUGGCAAUGCUCGCUACUUGCAGCAGGUUGUGGGUGCAAAAAUCGUGACGCCCGAAAGCUUAGUCAGAACGCUCCUGGAUCAGAAACAACUGCCUUUUCCCGUAAAUUGGCGGCUCUUUUUGCAUCUGCGAGGCUUCAGUGCUACUGCGAUUGAUCUUGCAGAGGAAUGCAACUGUUCAUACUCCUUUCAUCGUUCACGCCCUCUCACUUAUGCCUCUUUAUCAGGGGACAAUGUCUGCAGGACAGCCCUAGAAGCAUUCGCCGGAGCAGCCAUUCCGUGCAACCAGACAACCAUUGUCUCGUGGCGUUUGCCUUCAUAUGGAAUGGAUCUCUUUCAGAUGCUGUACAACCUGACUGACUUGGCGCAGAAUGUAGCGACGUCAUGCAAUGGCACCUUGUUCACCCGUGGUCGCUUCGUGGCAGUGCAGCUGUGA